UCGCCAUGUCUGGACGUGGCAAGCAAGGCGGCAAGGCUCGCGCCAAAGCCAAGACCCGGUCUUCCCGUGCGGGUCUCCAGUUCCCCGUGGGCCGUGUCCACCGCCUGCUCCGCAAGGGCAACUAUGCCGAGCGGGUCGGAGCCGGCGCCCCGGUGUACCUGGCGGCGGUGCUGGAGUACCUGACCGCCGAGAUCCUGGAGCUGGCGGGCAACGCGGCCAGGGACAACAAGAAGACCCGCAUCAUCCCGCGCCACCUGCAGCUGGCCAUCCGCAAUGACGAAGAGCUCAACAAGCUUCUGGGUAAAGUCACCAUCGCUCAGGGCGGCGUCCUCCCCAACAUCCAGGCAGUGCUGCUGCCCAAGAAGACCGAGAGUCAUCACAAAACCAAGGGCAAGUAAGCUCGCCUGUAAACCAAAGGCUCUUUUCAGAGCCACUUACUUAAUUCUUAAGAAGAGCUGAGUCGCAAUACACUCAAUUUAACCUAUUCGUUUAAUGAAA